UUUGCUGCUCUUUUGUAGGCACUGCUGUCUGAUAGAUCGAUAAUAAAGACUGGCGUGGCAGUUAACAGUGAUGCGAGCAGACUGUUGCGAGACUACGGCGUACGUUGCAAUGGAGUGCUGGACUUGAGGCACAUGGCCCAGGCUGUCGGAUCGGUGUCUGCGGGCCUCGGAAAGAUGUCCAAUCUCUAUUUGAAUAAAGAACUGGAUAAAGAUCGGAGCAUCGCGUGCAGCAACUGGGAAGCCGGCUGUCUCUCAGAGAGGCAAAUCCAAUAUGCCGCAGAUGACGCCUUAGUGUCCGUCCAGUUGUUCCAAUAUUUCAACAAUCUAAUGUUGAAACGAGAUUUACCCUGGUACAAGCGAUUGUUCUGGAGCUACAAAAAAGUGUGGGCUCGGGUUGAAUGGUACUGGCGAUCCUACAUUGAUCUUCUGUUCCCUGGCGAUCAAAUUCUAAGAAUUCCUCAGCCAUUCUUUUUUAUGAAUCGAUAAUCAAGAAAUUCAUUGGCCAUAAAACAACAUUAAAAAAAGUAAGCAAUAGGCUUUGUCGAUAAUAAGUAAAAUAUCACAAAGGUAGACUAUACAAACGAUCAAAUUUACACAACAUACACAUUGAAAUAAUCCAGGUACUCAUUAACAGUAUAGAGCUUCAGACUUGAGCCAUUUAUCAACAGCAAUACAAAACGUUUUCAAUGGUAACUGCUUAACAUUUUAUCUGGUAGUAAAUUAAACAUGCGAAUUUGUAGGUACUUAUGACUUUUCAGAGUUUUAGUCAAUCUAACUGUAGGUCUACAGUAGUUAUAUCAUCCCUAUGUCUAGUGUAAUGUGAAUGUACAGAAUAUUUUUAUUAA